GUCCGUCCGUCCUUCUCCUCGGGCGGCGCAGGGAGCCGAGGCCGCCGCCGCCGCCGCCGCCAUCGCCAUGUCCGCCGAAGCCUUCUCCGAGCGGCCGGAUUUCAGCGAGGACGAUUUCUACUGCCCCGUCUGUCAGGAGGUCUUCAAGACCCCCGUGCGGAUCACCGCCUGUCAGCACGUUUUCUGUAGAAAAUGUUUCCUGACUGCUAUGAGGGAAAGUGGAGUACAUUGCCCUUUCUGCCGAGGAAAUGUGACCAGAAGAGAAAGAGCAUGUCCCGAAAGAGCUUUGGACAUUGAAAACGUCAUGAGGAAGUUCUCUGGCAGCUGCAGAUGCUGUGCCAAACAGAUUAAAUUCUAUCGGAUGAGGCAUCACUACAAAACCUGUAAGAAGUAUCAAGAUGAAUAUGGUGUUUCCUCUGUCAUUCCAAACUUCCCAAUCUCCCAAGAUUCAGGAGGGAAUAGUAAUCGGAGUGGAACAUCUACAUCUGAUAAUACAGAAUCGCUUCCAAGAGAGUCAAGUGCAAGUGUGCAUCCCACAUUUAAGUGUCCCUUGUGUCAAGAAACCAACCUGACAAGGCAGCGUUUACUGGAUCACUGUAAUAGUAGCCACCUCUUUCAGAUUGUUCCCGUGAACCUUCAACUAGAUGAGGAGACGCAAUACCAAACUGCUGUUGAGGAGUCUUACCAACUGAAUUUCUAAAAGUGCAGUCACCUGCCUCUUCUGCCUGCCAGUGCCACCUGUAAGAAAAAACUUCGUGAUUCACGUUUCAACAGCCUGAGGUGUACAUAAAUAAAACAGAAUUCAAUAUCUUGUUGGUUUUUUCAAUCGCAAAAAUAGGGGUUUUGUUGUUGUUGGGUUUUUUUUACACCCUACCCUCUUUUUUGAUCAAAUAAUAUAAGGUUAUGGUAUUGUAAAAUAAAGGAGUUUUUUUUCACCUGGUGUUGGUGAAAAUUUAGUCAGUGUUGAUGUAAAUGUCGUACCUUUAUUCUUUCUCGCAUUAAAUUUCUUUGAACUUCUCAUUUGUAUUUUGUGAGGUUUUCCCACUGUUUGUUCACUGUACAGUAAAUAACAUUAGUAAAAUAGGAAAAACAAAAUGGAUGUUAGCUCUUGUCUGAGCCAGUAAUAAUUGUACAAUAGAAACUUUGAAAAUGUUCCGAUUAUUCAAUAUUUCUUAGGGUGGUUUCUAGUUCAGGAAUUUAUUAGGAAAAAUAUGCAUGUACAUGUUUUUUGGUAUUUUGAAGGGUAGUGAGAUUUCUUGAAUGUUAACUUUUAAAAAAUGAAAACAAACGUUAUUUUUAGAUAUGGAGUAUCGCCACUCGGUUUCACUUCCCACCUGGUGAAAGAACCGGUAUACUAGUAGCAGGCGGAAAAUAGAGUUCAAAUACCGUUGGGCAAUUUGAAGUGGGUAGUGAGUCCCUUGACUGAAAGGAGCUCUUUGCCCUGAAAAUGCCAAGCAGUUGCCAUUGGCCCUCAGACUUUGAUAGCAAGUGCUCAGAGGAGUUAAGGGAGCAGUGACUUGGGAGAGAUUUUUUCAAGGAAGUGGUAUCGAAGUGAGGUUUGACCCCUUCUCUCUGAGUAUGUCAGAGUUCCAUUUUAUUAUUCCUAAAGAUCAAAUGUAAAUGCUCUACAUUUUUGGCACUUUACAGGUAGCGUGUGUAUCUGUAGUAUCAACCGAACUGGGGUUAUCGAAAAGUAACUUGGGAGGUUAGACUAUCUUAUUCUGUUGGGUUGAGUAUCUUCUCUCCAUUGAAACCCAUUCAACAAGUGAGGUGCUAAGUUGCUUAUCUGUGUGUCUCGCAUUUUAGAGGGUAAAAAUUGUUUGGGUGAUUCAGGAGAGCAGUUCCCCGGGGCCACCCUGAGUACAGCCUGAGUUGAUCAUGCUCACCAGUGACAGUGUUGAGUGCCAGCCCCCUGCAUUACAACACAUCUGGGAGGGCCUGAAUCACUGCAGAGGAGGAAAAGGGGACUCUUGGAUAUUCCAUGCUUUAUGUACUGUUUAUGCUACCUUCAAAAAUGAGCAGAUAAUGGAGACCUCAAACCAGUUUGCUGCUAAUAUUUGUAAAAAGAUCUAUUUUGAUUUUGUUAAAAAUCUCCAGAAUGUUAACUUUUUUACAGUGAACAUUUCUAACUGAUUUAAUAAAAACUGUUAUUAAUUUUG